UGAGCAGGUGACUUUGCAUGUUUGUGUGUGCAGAGACACACAAAUUCUUUAUCUAUCUUUGUCUUUUGUUGGCCCACCCAAUGUUUUGAUAAGGCUUGGGACUCCAGACAUGAAUAUAGAUUUCAAAUCAAAAAUUAUGAAAAGGAGUUUAAGUUAUGAUUGUUGUAAACCUUUAAAUGAGUAGGGGUGUGUGCUAGAGAUACACUACAUUUUUAAGUAUCAACAUAAACACAUAUAUCAACAAGGCUAAAUUCUGAUUACUUUGAAUAAUAUGGACUGCAUCUCAUCAUUGCAGUGACUUCACAAGAUAAGGCAUCCUGGAGGUGGGUGUGUCUCAGAGACAAUAUAAAAACCCACCGUGUCUCCAGCUGUGACAAAAGCAGCUGUCAACUGUCAAGAUGACGAGCCUCAGCGCCAAGGACAAAGACACCGUGAGGGCCUUUUGGCAGGUGGCCUCAGUUUACCAUGAUGACAUUGGCAGGGAGGCUCUGAACAGGCUGAUUGCGGUGUACCCACAAACCAAGACUUACUUCUCUCACUGGAAUGAUGUCAGCCCUGGAGCUCCUAAUGUUGUCAAGCACGGCAUCACCAUUAUGAAAGCCGUUUCUGACGCAGUGGGCAAAAUCGAUGAUUUAAAGGGAGGACUUCAGAGCCUUAGUGAGCUGCAUGCCUUCACUCUCCGUGUGGACCCUGCUAACUUCAAGGUCCUGGCCCACUGCAUCAUGGUGGUUCUUGCCAUCAGGUUCCCUGAUGACUUCACCCCUGAGGUCCACAUGGCUUUUGACAAGUUCCUGGCUGCUCUGGCCCUGGCUCUGUCUGAGAAGUACAGAUAAAC